ACGCGUCGGCGGGCGACGGCUCCGCCCUGUGGCCGCGCGCCGGGAGUGCGGGUGUCCGUCCGCGUCGCGCGCGGUGACUCAGAGCGACGGGAGCCCGGCGUCCACGCGGCGCGGGGAGUCGCCGCAACGCCCGGACGGGCCGGCGGCGCGGGAGCUGGGCAGGUUUCUCAUCAUUGCAUGGAUCACUGACUGGAAAGCAGAUGGCUUUACCCCGCCUCACAGGAGCCUUGCGCUCCUUUUCAAAUGUCAGCAAACAGGAUAAUUAUAAUGAGGAAGUGGCUGACCUACAGGUGAAGCGGUCCAAAUUUUAUGAACAGACUGUAGGCUUGGACCUUCCAUGGAUGAAAAUAGUAGCGUUUCUGAAUGAAAAACUGGAGAAGAAUGAGAUGCAAAGUGUUAAUGAAGACCUGAAAGACAUAUUACAGGCUGCGAAACAAAUAGUUGGAGCGGACAGCGGGAGCGAGGCCAUCGAAAGCGCGGCGGCCUUUCUUUUCAAGACCUUUCACUCAAAGGACUGUGUCGGGCAUCAGGAGACAAAGGCCAUCAGACAGAUGUUUGGCCCUUUUCCCUCAUCUUCUGCCUCCGCAGCUUGUGAUGCUACUCAUCGAAUCGCUUCUCACUUCCAUCCAGACAGUCUCACUGCUCUGGUCCAGACGACCAAAGAGGAAUCUGGUGACGAUAGAGUGUUAUUUGGUAAAAACUUAGUGUUUUCAUUUGACAUGCAUGAUUUGGACCACUUUGACGAAUUGCCAGUAAACGGUGAACCCCAGAAAACGAUAAGCCUAGAUUAUAAGAAGUUUCUGAAUGAACAUUUUCAGGAGCAUUCUACCCCAGAGCUUAAGCCUGUGGAAAAAACAAAUGACUCUUUUCUGUGGUGUGAAGUCGCGAAAUACUUAAAUGCAACGUUAAAUGAAAUGGCUGAAACAACAAGAAUUGAAGACCUUUGCUGUACUUUAUAUGAUAUGCUUGCUUCUGUUAAAAGUGGUGAUGAACUUCAGAAUGAGCUGUUUGAACUGCUGGGACCUGAUGGACUGGAACUCAUUGAGAAGCUUCUUCAAAAUAGAAUAGCAAUUGUGGAUAGGUUUCUUACCUCUUCGAAUGGUCAUAGGUUGCAGGCUCUUCAAGAUAAUUGUAAAAAAAUUUUAGGGGAAAACACUAAGCCUAAUUAUGGCUGCCAAGUCACUAUUCAGUCUGAGCAAGAAAAGCAGUUACUGAAACAGUAUCGCCGCGAGGAAAAACGAAUUGCCAGACGAGAAAGAAAAGCAGGAGAAGAAGAAGUUUCCGGAGAAGGGCUUACGAGCUUUGAUCCCAAGGAACUGCGAAUACAAAGAGAACAGGCACUUCUAAAUGCUAAAAAUGCUCCAAUUCUGAGCAGGCACAGAGACACGGACGUUGAAAAAAUCCGCUAUCCUCAUGUGUAUGACUCCCGGGCGGAAGCCAUGAAGACAUCAGCAUUCAUUGCUGGCGCCAAGAUGAUUUUACCAGAAGGAAUCCAGAGAGAAAACAACAAAAUAUAUGAGGAAGUGAAGAUUCCCUACAGUGAACCAAUGCCAAUCGGCUUUGAGGAGAAGCCUGUUUAUAUCCAAGACUUAGAUGAGAUUGGCCAACUGGCUUUUAAAGGGAUGAGAAGACUCAAUCGCAUCCAGUCCAUUGUAUUUGAGACUGCCUACAACACCAAUGAGAACAUGCUUAUCUGUGCCCCUACGGGGGCUGGGAAGACCAACAUUGCAAUGCUCACCGUUCUGCAUGAAAUUCGCCAACAUUUUCAACAGGGUGUGAUCAAAAAGAAUGAAUUUAAGAUCGUGUAUGUCGCCCCGAUGAAGGCCUUGGCAGCCGAGAUGACAAACCACUUCAGCAAACGCCUGGAGUCACUGGGCAUCGUCGUGAAAGAGUUGACCGGUGACAUGCAGUUGUCGAAAAGUGAGAUUUUACGGACUCAGAUGCUCGUGACCACACCAGAAAAAUGGGAUGUAGUGACAAGAAAGAGUGUUGGAGAUGUGGCUCUUUCUCAGCUUGUGAAGCUCCUCAUUCUUGAUGAAGUCCACUUGCUGCAUGAAGACAGAGGCCCAGUACUUGAGAGCAUAGUGGCGCGGACUUUACGGCAGGUUGAAUCGACACAGAGUAUGAUCCGGAUUCUCGGGCUGUCUGCGACCUUACCCAACUACCUGGACGUCGCCUCGUUCCUGCACGUCAACCCCUCCAUUGGACUAUUCUACUUUGACGGCCGAUUUCGCCCAGUUCCUCUUGGACAAACGUUUGUGGGGGUUAAAUGUACAAAUAAGAUGCAGCAGCUGAACAAUAUGGAUGAAGUGUGCUAUGAAAGUGUUCUGAAGCAAGUGAAGGCUGGACACCAGGUGAUGGUCUUUGUACAUGCUCGAAACGCCACUGUAAGAACAGCCAUGUCUCUGAUCGAAAGAGCGAAGAACAGCGGGCAGAUCUCCUGCUUUUUACCUACACAAGGAGCGGACUAUGGCCACGCAGAAAAACAGGUUCAGAAGUCGAGAAAUAAACAAGUAAGGGAAUUGUUUCCAGAUGGUUUCAGUAUACACCAUGCCGGAAUGCUGCGGCAAGACAGAAACUUGGUUGAAAGCCUGUUUUCUAAUGGGCAUAUCAAAGUCCUUGUCUGCACCGCCACGUUGGCAUGGGGUGUCAAUCUCCCUGCCCACGCUGUCAUCAUUAAGGGGACACAGAUAUAUGCUGCCAAAAGAGGCUCCUUUGUUGACCUUGGAAUCUUAGAUGUCAUGCAGAUAUUUGGUCGAGCGGGAAGGCCACAGUUUGAUGUAUUUGGGGAAGGAAUCAUCAUCACAACACAUGAUAAGCUCAGCCACUACCUGACUUUGCUCACUCAACAAAACCCAAUUGAGAGUCAGUUUCUGGAAAGUCUCGCAGAUAACCUGAAUGCAGAGAUUGCUCUGGGAACAGUUACUAAUGUGGAAGAAGCAGUGAAGUGGAUAAGUUACACUUAUCUUUAUGUGCGGAUGAGAGCAAACCCAUUAGUGUACGGCAUCAGCCACAAGGCUUAUCAGAUGGACCCAACAUUAGCUAAACAUCGAGAACAACUGGUCAUUGAAGUGGGACGGAAGCUUGACAAAGCUCGAAUGAUUCGCUUUGAGGAACGAACUGGGUAUUUUUCCUCGACGGACCUGGGCAGGACCGCCAGCCACUACUAUAUUAAAUACAGCACCAUCGAGACCUUCAAUGAACUCUUUGAUGCUCACAAAACAGAAAGUGAUAUCUUUGCUAUCGUCUCCAAAGCUGAAGAAUUUGAUCAAAUCAAGGUCCGAGAAGAAGAAGUAGAGGAGCUAGACACCUUAUUAAACAAUUUUUGUGAACUCUCAGCUCCUGGAGGUGUAGAGAACAGUUACGGAAAAAUAAAUAUCCUGCUUCAAACUUAUAUUAGCCGAGGAGAGAUGGACAGCUUUUCUCUUAUAUCAGAUUCUGCCUAUGUUGCACAGAACGCUGCUAGAAUCGUCCGUGCUCUUUUUGAAAUUGCUCUGAGGAAACGUUGGCCUGCCAUGACCUACAAGCUCCUGAAUCUUAGUAAAGUCAUCGACAAGAGACUCUGGGGUUGGGCUAGCCCUUUGAGGCAAUUUUCAGUCUUACCACCACACAUUCUAACAAGACUGGAAGAGAAAAACCUUAGUGUGGAUAAGCUUAAAGACAUGAGGAAAGAUGAAAUAGGUCACAUGCUGCAUCAUGUGAAUAUUGGGCUCAAGGUCAAGCAGUGCGUUCAUCAGAUUCCUUCUGUUACAAUGGAAGCAUCCAUUCAGCCCAUCACACGGACUGUCCUCAGAGUGACACUUAACAUCUGUCCUGAUUUCUCUUGGAAUGAUCAGGUCCAUGGGACAGUGGGAGAGCCCUGGUGGAUCUGGGUAGAAGAUCCUACAAAUGACCACAUUUACCAUUCUGAGUACUUUCUUAUUCUCAAGAAACAGGUCGUUAGCAAGGAAGCACAGAUGCUGGUGUUUACCAUCCCCAUCUUUGAGCCUUUGCCUUCCCAGUACUACAUCCGAGCAGUGUCUGAUAGAUGGCUGGGGGCUGAGGCCGUGUGCAUCAUCAACUUCCAGCAUCUGAUUCUGCCAGAGAGACAUCCUCCACACACAGAAUUGCUGGAUCUUCAGCCCUUGCCGGUCUCGGCUUUGGGAUGUGAUGCAUACGAAGCCCUGUAUAAUUUCAGUCACUUCAACCCUGUGCAGACACAGAUAUUCCACACGCUGUACCACACAGACUGUAACGUCCUGCUCGGAGCACCCACUGGAUCAGGAAAAACAGUUGCUGCUGAACUGGCUAUCUUCAGAGUCUUUAACAAGUACCCUACUUCAAAGGCAGUAUACAUCGCUCCCCUAAAAGCCCUGGUACGUGAAAGGAUGGAUGAUUGGAAAGUCAGAAUAGAAGAAAAGCUUGGUAAAAAAGUUAUUGAACUAACGGGGGACGUGACUCCGGAUGUGAAAUCCAUUGCCAAAGCUGACCUUAUUGUCACCACACCAGAAAAAUGGGAUGGAGUGAGCAGAAGCUGGCAGAAUAGGAACUAUGUAAAGGAAGUCGCCAUUCUCAUCAUAGAUGAGAUCCAUCUGCUCGGGGAGGAGAGAGGCCCUGUUCUAGAAGUCAUUGUAUCCCGAACAAAUUUCAUCUCAUCACACACAGAGAAACCUGUUAGAAUAGUCGGGCUCUCUACUGCAUUAGCUAAUGCCAGAGACCUGGCCGACUGGCUCAAUAUCCGUCAGAUGGGCUUGUUCAACUUCCGACCAUCUGUGCGUCCAGUUCCUCUAGAAGUUCACAUUCAAGGCUUCCCUGGUCAACAUUACUGUCCCCGUAUGGCCAGUAUGAAUAAGCCUACGUUUCAGGCUAUUAGAAGCCAUUCUCCAGCCAAACCUGUUUUGAUAUUUGUCUCAUCUAGACGUCAGACUCGCCUUACUGCUUUGGAACUGAUAGCCUUUCUAGCCACUGAAGAAGACCCCAAACAGUGGUUGAGUAUGGAUGAGAGAGAGAUGGACAACAUCAUUGCGACUCUAAGAGAUUCCAACCUGAAGCUGACACUGGCCUUUGGCAUAGGCAUGCACCACGCCGGGCUGCAUGAGAGGGACCGGAAGACAGUAGAGGAGCUGUUUGUGCACUGCAAAGUGCAGGUCCUUAUUGCUACAAGUACAUUAGCCUGGGGCGUAAACUUUCCAGCUCAUUUAGUAAUUAUUAAAGGGACAGAAUAUUACGAUGGAAAAACAAGACGCUAUGUGGAUUUUCCCAUUACAGACGUGCUCCAGAUGAUGGGUCGUGCCGGGAGGCCUCAGUUUGAUGACCAAGGCAAAGCUGUCAUUCUGGUUCAUGACAUAAAGAAAGAUUUUUACAAAAAAUUUCUUUAUGAACCUUUUCCAGUAGAAUCAAGCCUAUUAGGCGUGCUAGCUGACCACCUGAACGCAGAGAUCGCCGGCGGCACAGUAACGUCUAAGCAAGAUGCAAUGGACUAUAUCACCUGGACUUACUUUUUCCGACGUCUUAUCAUGAACCCCAGCUACUACAAUCUGAGUGACGUGAGCCAUGACUCUGUGAACAAGUUUCUUUCCAAUCUGGUGGAGAAGUCCCUGGUUGAAUUGGAGCAUUCCUAUUGUAUUGAAAUUGGAGAGGAUAAUCGGAGCAUCGAAUCCCUAACGUACGGCCGGAUUGCCUCUUACUACUAUUUGAAGCACCAGACGGUUAAGAUGUUCAAGGAGCGUCUGAAACCUGAAUGCAGUACUGAAGAAUUGCUUUCAAUUCUGAGCGAUGCAGAAGAAUACACAGACUUGCCCGUCAGACACAAUGAAGACCAUAUGAAUAGUGAACUUGCCAAGUGCCUUCCGCUUGAAUCAAAUCCUCAUUCGUUUGACAGCCCUCACACCAAAGCGCACCUCCUCCUGCAGGCGCAUCUCAGCCGCAACAUGCUGCCCUGCCCGGAUUAUGACGCUGACACCAAGACGGUUCUGGACCAAGCUCUCAGAGUAUGUCAGGCGAUGCUCGAUGUGACAGCAAACCAAGGCUGGCUGGUGACUGCCCUGAAUAUCACCAACCUGGUUCAGAUGGUGAUCCAGGGUCGCUGGGUAAAAGAUUGUUGCCUUCUUACAAUCCCAAACAUAGAACAGCAUCAUCUUUACAUUUUCAGGAAAUGGAGUCCUGGUGGAAAGGGCCCACAUUCUGGGGGUCACAGCCCCAUUGAGUGCCUUCCUGAACUCAUCCACGCCUGUGGAGGGAAAAACCACGUAUUCAGCUCCAUGAUGGAAAAUGAGCUGCCGGAUGCAAAAGUGAAGCAGGCGUGGAAUUUCAUCUCCCGUUUGCCAGUGAUCGACGUCAGCUUACGUGUUAAAGGCUGCUGGGAGGACUCAGGCGAAGGGCAUAAGGAACUCUCUAUCCCGACUCUGACUUCAGACAAGCGGAAUGACAACAGAUGGCUCCAACUGUGCGCGGACCAAGAGUAUGUGCUUCAAGUCAGCCUGCACAGAGUCCACGCUGGGCUCCACAAGGGAAAGCCGGACAGCCAUGCAGUGGCACCUCGAUUUCCCAAAUCGAAAGAUGAAGGGUGGUUUUUGAUACUAGGAGAAGUGGAUAAGAGGGAACUCAUCGCCCUGAAAAGAGUAGGAUAUGUCCGAAGUCAGCAAGUGGUUUCCAUCUCUUUUUAUACCCCAGAAGUGCCUGGCAGGUACAUCUACACACUGUAUCUCAUGAGUGACUGCUACCUUGGCCUGGACCAGCAGUAUGACAUCCACCUCAACGUCACAUCAGCAAGCAAGGCUACACACGUCGGCGAGUAGACCUGCCACAUUUCCACGGGCUGGACAGUGUAGUAGCCUGCCCUCAAGAAGCUAUUGGAAAGAAGUGCUUAAUGAAUCGGACUGCUCAGUCACUGAGACAAAGGCAAAUUACUUGCUGUCUGCCACGGUGGAAUCAGACUCUUAACAGCCUCGGGUCACCUAGAAGGCUGAGUCCAGCAGCACAGAGUCAGCUGUAGGGGUCUCCACAAAUGCUGUCUUCUCACAAGGUUGUCUUCUUGGGUUUCUUGAUAUAUGCAGUGAAAAAGCACAUAGGAGGAUCUUGUGAUUUGUUUGUUUGGAGACACUGUCUAAACAUGACCACCAAGUCCACAGCUGACAUUUUACUGUUUACAGGGAAGCUACACUGAGGCGGGGCAGUGGUAGAAUGUGUGGGACCAGAUUCCUGUCUCUGCAGCGCCUCUUACAUGAAAUAAACCUGCAAGGUGAUUCACAGUGUGUCUUGUUAAUUGCUUUAUACUUUGAUCACACGUAGAAGUAAUUUCCAAAGUAAUUUCUUAUAGUCAUAAAUGCUAUUAAUAUAUGAUGUCCAAUAAUGGCAAAAUAAAAAACAAACCAAUUACAGUCUUAGCAAAUGUAAAUAUUGUAAACCGGUGAAAAUAAAAUAUUUUGAAUGCCA